AUGGGAUUCAACUUUGGUGAUUCAUCAAUUGACUCGGGAAUGGGAGACACGAGAUUCAAAGUUGAUACCAUACCAAGAAUAAUCCAAGAGUUGAUCAAGGAGUUUGACCAGAUCAGCUUUUACCACUUACUUUGGGAAGGCAAUUUAAUCUCUGAUGCCCUAGCCACGUUGGCCGCCUUGAUAAAAGUUGAACCGGGGAUAGACAUUGAGCCCAUUCGUAUAAGGAUUCUGUCAGAACCGGCCUACUGUGCAGUAACCAAAGAAUUCGAUGGAAAACCAUGGUUUUAUGAAAUUAAUACGUACCUCCAAAAGCGAGAAUAUCUCGAAGGAGCCUCUAGUAAUGAUCAGAAGAUGAUAAGGAGACUAUCCAUGGGGUUUUUUUUGGAUGGAGAAGUUCUCUACACAAGGAACCAUGACAUGACCCUCCUAUAUUGUGUGGAAGCGCAAAAAGCAAAGCAAAUUAUGAAAGAAGUCCAUGAGGGUGUUUGUGGUACCCAUGCCGGAGGUCACUUGCUGACAUGGAAAAUCCUCAGAAGUGGGUACUAUUGGAUGACCAUGGAAAGGGAUUGCAUAGAAUAUGCUCGAAAAUGCCACAAGUGCUAG